CUCCGAGUAAGUUCUAAAGACAUCACUCCCGCUCCCCACCAGCCCCAAGCUCGACCAUCUUUUCCCGUUCCCAAUCCCCCCCUUCACGGCUUCACAGGUCACAUCCGCGCAACCUCCCUUAUUCUGUUUCUUUCAUCGUCUUACAUCAGAAUUUAUUAUUAUUACAAUAAAUAAAUGACGUUUGUUUAUUUUUGUAUUUGAUUUGAUUCACAAGAAACCAACAAAUACAUAAACCUUGAUACGAGAUUUCCCGCAAUCAUUCGUCUCCUCGUCACGGCCACUUUCUCCGUUCCUCUUUGAUUCUUGCUGGAUUAGGGGUGAAGAGGGACCUAGCACAACAACAACGAAACACCACCAUGGUCGAAACUAGACGGGGCUCGUCCACUUCCAAGCGCUCUCACUCUUCAUCCUCCUCUUCCAACGUCAAACGACCCAAGGUGCCCAACGAUUCUUCGACAAGAAGUCUGCCGUCAGCGGAAAUCCUUGGUCCGGUCAACGAACCUGGAAAUGAAUCCCGAGAGACGGAGCUAAAUCGGUCUAACCUUCCAGAUGCCGAUUCGUUGAAAGCUAUGGACGUUUGUGACGCGACGCUAGCUGAGAAAUCUCCCGCCAUGGCCGUCGUCAAAGGCGAGGUUUUGACAUCGCCGCAGCCUCGAGGUGAAACUGUGGCGGAUGGAGAGAAAUCAAAGGUGGUUGGAGCGGCCGCCGUACGCCGGUCCAAGAAACGCUCAGCGAAAUCAACUAAAACGAGGCCGAAGGCUGCAUGGGGAAGGCUUCUUUCCCAGUGUUCCCAGAAUCAACAUCUGUCCUUGUGGAGUUCUCAAUUCACUGUUGGUCAUGGCCGUCAAUGUAAUUUAUGGCUUAAUGAUCAAGCUGUUAGUGAUGUUUUGUGCAAGUUGAAGCUCACCAAGCAUGGAGGUUCAUCUGUUGGAUUACUGGAAAUCAUAGGGGAUAAAGGUGCUGUCCAAGUUAAUGGCAGGAAUUACAAAAAAAAUUCCAGCCUGAUAUUGAAUGCAGGUGAUGAGGUGGUUUUCAGUUCUGACAAGAAUGCUUAUAUUUUUCAGCAGCUCACCAAUAAUGAUGUCGCUGCUGCCAGGAUACCUUGUUCUAAUGCUGAGGCUUCAUCAAAAACUUCUGGCCAUGGGGAUGAUACUACCGACCCAAAUUAUACCACCAAUAAUGGCAGUCCAGCUGAAAUUUCUGCUGAGAAAGCUACUCUUGCAUCCUCUGCCACUGCCAAUGAAAAUUUUGACCUUUACAGUAUGAAAGUGGAUGUUGGGAGGUUGACAGGAGCCACACGUGAGUUAAGGCCUUUGUUGUGCAAGCUCGCUGGCCUGUGUGCUGAAUUCAAUAUAAAUGAUAGGUUUUCCAAAAUAUUUGAACAAAGAGAAUCAAGAGAACUCUCCAAGGAUGUUGAUCCUCUAACUAAUUUAGUUUACAUCAGGCAGCAAGCAUUCAAAAACAGUUUACAACAAGGAAUUCUCAAUCCUGAUGAUAUUGAUGUGUCAUUCAAAAAUUUCCCGUAUUAUAUAAGUGAUCCUACAAAAAGUGCUCUGAUUGCUUCUAUGCACAUUCAUUUGAAGCAAAAUGGUUUUGCAAAGUUUGCUUCAGGCCUACCUUCACUGUGCCCCCGAAUAUUGUUAUCUGGUCCUCCAGGUUCUGAAAUAUAUCAGGAAUCCUUGUCCAAGGCACUUGCAAAGCAUUUUGGUGCUAGGCUAUUAGUUGUGGAUUCUUUCACCCUGCCUGGUAGAACACCAUCAAAGGAUUCUGAUUCUACCAAGCAAAGUUCAAAGCCUGAAAAAGUGUAUGUUUCUGCAAAACAGAGUGCCCAGGUUGCCACAUUGCAGCAUAAUAAACCAACUUCAAGUGUCGAUGCUGAUCUUAUUGAUGAAUCCUCAUUAAGUUCUCAGGUUAUGCUGAAGCAGGAGGUAUCUACUGCAUCAUCCAAAGGCCCUAUGCUUAAAACAGGUGAGCGAGUAAAAUUUGUUGGCAAGCUUCCCUCUGCAGUCUCAUUGUUGCAAAAUUAUCCUUCAAGAGGACCGAGGUAUGGCUCCCGUGGCAAAGUUCUUCUUGCUUUUCAAGAAAAUGAGUCUUCAAAAAUUGGGGUUAGAUUCGACAAACCAAUUCCAGAUGGGAAUGAUCUUGGAGGGCUAUGUGAAGCUGAUCGUGGUUUUUUUUGUUCUGCUAAUCAUUUACUACGAGUAGAUAACUUUGGAGGGGAUGACGCCAACAAGCUUGCUAUUAAUGAAAUCUUUGAGGUUGUCUUUGAUCAGAGUAAAAGUGGUGGGUUGGUGUUGUUCUUGAAAGAUAUAGAGAAGGCUGUGAUAGGGAACUCAGACGUCUUAAAAAGCAGGCUUGAAAGUUUGCCACAAAAUGUUGUUGUAAUUGGCUCACAUGCCCAAGUGGACUACCGCAAGGACAAGACCCAGCCUAGUAGCCUUCUGUUCACAAAAUUUGUGAGCGCCCGGGCAGCUUUAUUUGAUCUUGCUUUUCCGGAUAGCUUUAGUAGAUUGCAUGAUAGGAGCAAGGAAACCCCCAAAGUGAUGAAGCAACUUAACCGUCUUUUUCCAAACAAAGUAUCAAUACAGCUGCCUCAGGAUGAGGCUUUGCUCUCUUAUUGGAAGCAGCAGCUAGAACAUGACAUUGAAACUAUGAAAGCUCAGUCUAAUAUUGUCAGCAUUCGCACAGUUCUUGACAAGUUUGGAUUUAUUUGCCCUGAUCUUGAAAAUCUUUGCAUUAAUGAUCAAACCCUAAGAACUGAAAGUGUGGAGAAAAUUGUUGGCUGGGCAUUAAGUUACCACCUAAUGCAUCCAUCUGAAGAAUCAACCAAAGACUCUAUGAUCGUGUUGUCUACUGAAAGCAUUAAGUAUGGGCUGAGCAUUCUACAGGGUAUCCAAGGAGAAAGCAAGAACUUAAAGAAAUCACUGAAGGAUGUAAUUACUGAGAAUGAAUUUGAGAAAAAAUUGCUUGCUGAUGUUAUUCCUCCAAGUGAUGUUGGGGUCAAAUUUGAUGAUAUUGGAGCUUUAGAAAAUGUGAAGGACACCUUGAAUGAAUUGGUCAUGCUUCCCCUUCAGAGGCCUGAAUUGUUUUCCAAAGGACAGUUGACCAAGCCUUGCAAGGGGAUAUUGCUUUUUGGGCCACCUGGUGUUGGAAAAACAAUGCUUGCAAAGGCUGUAGCUACUGAGGCUGGAGCAAAUUUCAUCAACAUCUCAAUGUCCAGUAUUACCUCAAAGUGGUUUGGUGAAGGAGAGAAAUAUGUCAAAGCAGUAUUUUCUCUGGCAAGUAAAAUUGCUCCAAGUGUUAUUUUUGUUGAUGAGGUUGAUAGUAUGUUAGGAAGACGUGAAAAUCCUGGUGAGCAUGAGGCUAUGCGUAAAAUGAAGAAUGAAUUUAUGGUGAAUUGGGAUGGUCUGUGUACAAAAGACAAUGAGCGCAUACUCGUACUUGCUGCUACAAAUCGACCCUUUGACCUUGAUGAGGCUGUUAUUAGGAGGCUUCCACGAAGAUUAAUGGUCAAUUUGCCAGAUGCUCUUAACAGAGAAAAAAUUCUUAAAGUAAUUUUAGCAAAAGAAGAUCUGGCACCUGAUGUCGAUUUGGAAGCAAUAUCAAACAUGACUGAUGGAUAUUCUGGGAGUGACCUAAAGAAUCUGUGCGUCUUAGCAGCUCACUGUCCAAUAAGAGAGAUAUUGGAGAAGGAAAAGAAGGAGAGAAGUUUGGCACUGGCUGCGAAUAGACCUUCACCUCCAUUGUCUAGCAGUACUGACAUUCGGCCCUUAAAGAUGGAGGAUUUUAGAUAUGCACUUGAGCAGGUGUGUGCAAGCGUGUCGUCAGAGUCAACAAAUAUGAACGAGCUGCUCCAAUGGAAUGACCUUUACGGGGAAGGUGGAUCCAGAAAAAUGAGAUCUUUGAGCUAUUUUCUGUGAAUAUCUGUAUAGCAGCAUUUCUUUGGUUAGGCUAUUCUUCGAUCACCUUUAUGGUUUUAAAAGGCUGGUGAUCCAUUCAAUUCAAUCUUGGAAAUUCUUUCUUCGAGCUUAACCCCCAACAUCAUUGUCUCGCAUCACAGGUUUUCCCAUCGACCAUCCUCCCCAAAUUUUGUGUACCCUGUUAGAAAUAUCUAGAAUUCCACUAGCCUACCCAUGAGUUAAAUUAGGGUUUCUCCCUUCUCUCGGAUCCUUUCUCUCCCUGGAUUCUGGAGUGCAGGGUGUCCUGUUCCGAGCUCGUGAUUGUAAAUACUAAAUACCGAGUUAGCUAAAUAAUAAAGUUUGAUUUUUUCCCCAGACAAAUGAAAAA